GGGACGCCAGGCUGGGGGCGACGGCGAGGGGCCGCGCGCGGAGGGCGCCGGGCGCAACAUGGGCGGCCCGCGGGCCUGGGCGCUGCUUUGCUUCGGGCUCCUGCUCCCGGGAGGCAGCGCCGCGUGGAGCGUUGGGGGAGCCCCGUUCUCUGCACGCAGGAACUGGUGCUCAUACGUGGUGACCCGCACCAUCUCGUGCCACGUGCAGAAUGGCACCUACCUGCAGCGCGUGCUGCAGAAUUGCCCCUGGCCCAUGAGCUGCCCUGGGAACAGCUACAGAACCGUGGUGAGACCCACAUACAAGGUGAUGUACAAGACGGUGACAGCCCGCGAGUGGAGGUGCUGCCCUGGGCGCUCGGGGUCGAGCUGUGAGGAAGUUGUAGGCUCCUCUGGCUUCGUGGAGCCCGGGUGGUCGGGCAACGCCAUGUGGCGGAUGGCACUUCGGCCCACAGCCCUGUCAGGUUGUCUCAACUGCAGCAAAGUGUCGGAGCUGACGGAGAGGCUGAAGGUUCUAGAGGCCAAGGUGGCGGUGCUGACUGUCACCGAGCAGGCAGUGCCCCCGACCCCAGCUGCCCCCGAGGACCCCGCCCCGCUCUGGGGUUCCCCAGCUGCCCAGGGCAGCCCCGGGGAUGGAGGCCUCCAAGGGCUACCAGGAACCAGAGAAAACGUGAGGGCCCCUCUGCUCCCCCGAGAUGAUCGAGUUGGUGCCCGGGGGCUUCCUGGGCCCUCUGGCCCCAAGGGAGACCCUGGCAGCCGGGGCCCAAUGGGGAUGAGAGGCCCGCCAGGUCCGCAGGGCCCCCCAGGGAGCCCUGGCCAGGCUGGAGCUGUGGGCACCCCUGGAGAGAGGGGACCUCCAGGCCCCCCAGGGCCUCCUGGCCCCCCAGCCCCACUUGGGCCACACUACACCCGGAUCUCCCAGCAUGGGGACCCAUUUCUGUCCAACACCUUCACUGAGACCAGCAGCCACUGGCCCCAGGGACCGGCUGGGCCCCCAGGCCCCCCAGGACCCAUGGGUCCUCCUGGACCUCCUGGUCCCAUGGGCAUCCCUGGGAAUCCUGGACAUAUAGGACCCCCAGGCCCCACUGGACCCAAAGGAAUCUCCGGCCACCCAGGAGAGAAGGGCGAGAGAGGACUGCGUGGGGAGCCCGGCCCCCAGGGCUCCAUGGGGCGGCAGGGAGAACCUGGCCCCAAAGGAGACCCUGGUGAGAAGAGCCACUGGAACCAGAGGGGUCAGGGGCAGACCCUGCCGGCACGGGCACCCCCAGCCUCCUGCGGGGCAAGAGGGGAGGACACGCCACCAGCUACCGGAUUGUGGCCCCCAGGAGCCGAAACGAGAGAGACUGAGUGUGGUGGUGGCCCCUUGGGGAGGGCCAGGCCAGGCUUCCCUUCCCAGCCUGGACUUGGCCAGCUGCCUCCAAGGUCCGCCAUCCGUAUUUAUUAAUAUCCUCAGGGUCCCUUCUGCCACCUAGGCCUUUGGGGUGGGCAUGUCUUGGUCCUGGCACCCCAUGCGCAUCUGCCUCCUAUGAGGCUGAGCAGGGACUGGAGCCUGAGAGGGAGGUGUGGUCCAGGCAAGAGGUGAGGCCUUGCUCAGGGCCCUGGGCCUCAGUUUCCCUCUGUGAAAUGGGGUGAUGCAGGCCUGUGGGGAGGGGCGGCAGGUUUGGAGCUUCUGUCUUCUCAUCAACUGCCCGGCCAUCCAGGCCCCAAGCAACAGAGGGAGUUGGAAGCUGGGGCUCUGCCCGGCCCUCAGCACACCCAUGGAUGAUGAGAGCGGGCAGUCUCACCUCCCCACUCCCCAGCCAAACCUGGGGGGCCCACCUGUAUCCCUUGUCUCCUUGUUUUCUCGUGCUGGGUUCCUGGCCCUGAGGUCAAGCUACCUGAUCUGACUGGACCUUCAGGGCUCCUUGUCUCAGUUCUGACCCCUGAACCCUCAGUCCUUCUCAUGUCCCAGGCGGAGGGGGCAUGGAGAGGGAGGGGCCCCCUGCUCCCACAACGGCUUGUGACAGACACCAGGAGGCAGAUGUGUAUCAGCCAA